UUGUGCUUGCGCUUGUGCUUGCGCUUGUGCUUGCGUCGCUAGUGAAAACCAGGCUUUAAACUCCCAAGUCUGAUAAGGGUCUUCACCCUCUCGUCUUAAGGCCUCUUCAUAUGAGCCCGGUUGAAGGAGCUGGCCCGGUUACCGAGAUCUCCCCUCAUUUCAAAUUUCGAUGUGGGCAUAUGAGAAGGUGGGCCAGCCCAUAUAAACACUCCGAAAAAAAAGGUUUUUUGAUAAAAUAGCUUCGCUUUCGCAACAUAGCGGCCAAAAUGGCAUAAUUUUGCCUUGAGUGCAUUUCCACUUAAGAAGUAUGCGAUUAUGCUUUGCGAGCCGUGUACAACACCGCCUGUGUGGCACAAUUUUGAUUUCAUCCCGGUCGACCGGGCUGAAAUUUCCCAUGCGAACAGACAAUAAUACUCGUCUCGGUAACCGAGCCUGCCCGGUUACUGGGUUGAUAUGAAGAGGCCCUUAAUCUUUUUCGGUUGCCUGUCUCGAUCAUAGACUGCUGAAACCGCUAGAAAUCAAACUUGCCCAUAUAGUUUUGAUGGACGCAGGAAUUCCUUAGCAUUCACUUCAAUUACGUCCGUAUACAAAAGCUUGUAUCGCAAGAUUACGAUACAUUUGAGAAACUGAGAUAAAAAUCUGUCACGAGAAGAAUAAUUGUGGGCUGAUGACAGGUGCAAAUAAUAUUCAUAAUAAAUAUUCUACAGACUGAUGAAUAAUGCUUUGUUCUUUUUACUCGCUACUCUAAUCUUGUUGUGACGGUGAUUUCUUUUCUAAGAUAACGCGUCCUGAAACCUUGUAUGACAAAAUAUUACAGGAAAAGUAUAACAAUAUUUUGUCCGGAUAACUUGUUUCAGAGCUUGAGGCAAACUGCUUCUGUGUACUCUGUAAUAUGUUUUAAAUGUUGAUAUUUGUGUCUACGCUAAAAAGACAUAUUUUGUCAUACUCGAUUCGUAUCUGAAAACUGCCUUCCCAUACGCUACAAAAUGAAUUAUUAUUCAAUUUUUUAUGAAACAACUUGUUCAUCACUUGUCUUUGUGAAAACAUAUUGCUGCUUACUAAUAUUUCUCCAAUGUUUACGCUUUCAGAUGCUAUAUAAUUUGCCCCUUUGUUUGGGUUUCCAGUCGCCAAGCAAUUUGUUCUUUUUUAUUCACGCAGUUAAAUGCACACUUUAUAUGUUGCUUCGGAGCUGUACACUGCGCUCAAACAAUUUUUUUUAUAAGCCAACAAGGUGAGAACAAGACAAAGCCGUUUGAUUACUAAAGAACAUGUAAGAAAACAAAUAUUUGAACAUCUGGAUUUCACAAAUCAAGAUAUUUUCAUGUCAAAAUCAUAACACUGUAAUACCGUCCAAAAAUUUGCAUGUUAAUUCGGAAUUUCGUGGGUGUAAAUUGUCACUGUCAGUCAUCAACAAGAGGCUUUGAAGAAGAUCUAGAUUGCGUGCGGCUUACUGAUUUUAAACAAAGGCAAUUUGGUAGGUAUAUUUAACUGAAUUUUCAGGCCAAUCUCUGUCGUAGACUCUUAGGAUAAUCUCUUUGGACGUGCGUCAGAUAUCUUUUUACUUUCGCAAGAGUGAAAUAUCAAAUCCAAAUGACAGGAAUUAGUGGUUUUUGUGAUCAUACAUUCAAACGAUUGUAUCGUCUAAUGCGGAUAAAUAAAUGCUAAAAUGUCGCCCUCGUAAAUUUUCAAACUAACGAGUCCGAAUUGAUAAUUAUUUGCCAAUCACCUGCAACGAUAUAUUAAGCCUUUAAAAGAUGGCGGCCGAGCUAUGGGACAAAAGGCAAACAUCAGGAAAAACAGAGCUGAAUGUCUUGCUUCGGUGACAAAAAGCUUCCAAAUUGCACCCUAGCGCAAAAAAAUUAGAGUGCUCGAAAAAUACAGGUGUUGUUGAAUUUACACAUAAGAACACUCGAAAAUCACACUUCUCCACUUAAAUUAUGUAUGAAGUCCUUUCGAUAACGACUUAACUUUCAUUAUUUAGAAAGAAUUAAAGUUUUGAAGACGACCUUUUAAAAACAACUCAAAUCUGGAAUAAAGACAUCCUGACGUUCCUCUGUGUCUUUUCUUCGCAACUCUUCGCUUCCCUGAAGUCAUUCUUGAGGACAGCUGCAUAAAUUAUUCAUUCCACGUUCACAGCUUUGACAUUAACUGAGAGAAUUGACAGGCUGAACCGCCGAUGUCGUCCACUCUUGUACCACGGGCACACAUCGGGUUGUUUACUCUCGUGCGGUCUAUUAAAUGACUCAUUUGCUCCGAGAAAAUCAACUUACAAGGUCCUAACUGACACACUGCAGUGAGAACACCUCGCACAGGAAUCGCACAACGUUAUCAGAAUGUGUUCCUCCCGCGAUUCGUUAAACCGCGUUAUCUACGACGACCGUGUCGUGAUAAACGUGAGCGGUAUGAUAUUCGAAACGCGGCAGACGACACUUUCACGUUUUCCAGACACGCUUCUGGGCGACGAGGAAAAACGCAGCAAGUUCUACGUGCCGGAAUUUCACGAGUAUUUCUUCAAUCGAAAUCGCGCGGCGUUCGAGGCAAUUCUUUAUUAUUAUCAAUCCAGCGGACGACUCAAGCGUCCUGAAGAGGUACCAAUGUGUAUUUUCAAGGAAGAAGUCGAAUUUUUUGAGCUGGGGGACGAGAUUUUGAGCGACAUUCGCCUAAAGGAAGGCUACCUGAGUAUGGACGAGGAAGCUAAAGAGCAUCCCGAAAAUAAACUUCAACGCAAAAUCUGGGAGCUUUUCGAUCAACCAGACACUUCCACAGCCGCGUCGUGUUUAGCUGUCUUUUCUGUGGCCAUCAUUGUUUUAGCGAUAACCGUUUCUAUCGCAGAGACAGUCCCCUCCAUAAAGCAAAAGAAAAACUACACCAACAAUUUUACAAAUGUCAUGGCGGAACAAUCAUGGACGGAGGACACCUGGUUCACACUGGAAUUAUCUUUCAACGCUUGGUUUACGAUUGAAUAUUUGGUACGGUUGUUCACUUCCCCUAACAAGUACCACUUUUUUGCGUCGCUUUUAAAUUUCAUAGACUUGAUGGCCAUCGCUCCGUUUUACAUAACGCUGCUCCUGGACAAGUCCGAGACAAGCUCGGUUGCUGCGCUCCGAAUUUUGCGGAUUGUUCGCGUGUUCAGAAUUUUCAAGUUGUCUCGCUAUUCAAAAAGUCUUCAGAUUAUCGGUUAUUGUGUGUUAGAGAGCUUUCGCGAGUUAGGUCUUCUCAUCUUGUGCCUAUUUUUAAGUGUUGUAGUUACUUCUAGUCUAUUGUACUACAUAGAAACGGGAAGCCCUGACACAGAUUUUGUUAGUGUACCAGCGACGUUUUGGUUCUCACUGCAAACAAUUACAACGAUUGGUUAUGGGGACAUGGUACCGCACACCGCACUGGCAAAAGUAAUGUCGGCCGCUUGUGCCAUAUUCGGCGCCUUGACACUUGCUCUACCCGUACUAACGUUCGUAUCGAAUUUUAAUACCCUUUACUACAAAAACAUCAUGGAAAAAAACGAACGAAAUAUUCAAGACAACCGCGACACAUCGGAAACAAGCGAACAUUAUUCGCCAUUGAAUUCAAGUGAAGAAACCCACUGAAACAGUAAUCUUACUGCUAAUGGAAUUACGAUAAAAAUAAGGGACUUUUGCCAUGUAAUAGACAGAAUUCAUUAAAGAAAUUCGAUGAAAACCUACUUUAUUAGUGUUAAGCCUAUGUACAUAAAUUAAAAGUAAUUUUACAACAUAUUCGAUGUGUCUGCGACGCACACUCACUUUUUUCCCUCCUUUUCAAUACACGCGUUUUCUUCUUUAAAAAAAGCUGAGAUUGGCAAGCAAAAGACUUCAAAUUACAUUCUUUUGACCACCGCAUGUGUAAUUUCUUGGGGUUAUAUUGCUUUGAGAAGUGCAAAUUAAUUGCAAUCCUAUCGAACGCUAAACAAUGUCUUGUUUUGCCAAAACUCAAUGGGCUAUCCACCCAGCUGACUGUUCGUCAAAUUAAUUUUGGUCUUUGGUUAAUCCCGAGGGCUGAAUAAGACGAAAUUCUUUGUUUGAAAUUGUGGCGCGACUUUCUUUCUAUCAUUUGACACGAAAUUUUAAUAAAUACCAAUUUCCUAUAAAUCUCUUUUCUUUACGUUCAUUUGGAAUGACGCGCGUGUGAAAUAAAAGGUUGUGAGAGUAAAUUAUGUUGCCGUGAAAGAACCCAUGGGGUGCAAUGACCAAACUCAACGCAACGACUGGUGGAAAUUAAAAAGCAAGCACGAACAGGUUGCUAAUAAAUACCAGCCACUGAACCCGCAAACGAAGUGGUAAUAAUGUUUUCCUUUCAUUCCAGUCGUAGUGAGAAAAAUGUAUAAUUGCUCAUAUAUAAAUAAUGCCGGUCUUUUCUUUUUUUAAAUAAAAAUGAAAAUUUUUCAUUUGUAACCGUCCAGGUUUAAAUUUGUUCUUGUUAUAACAACAAAGAAGCUAUUAAUAACGAUUUUCCUUUUUUCCCGCGAACUGAAAAAACAUUUUUUUUUAUACUGGAAUGGUGAAAAUCGGACACGGGAGAGAUUUAACUGGGUUUUACCUUUAAGUAAUUUGAACUCAGAUUCUCUUUACUUAAUUCUGCGAAACUGUUCAUUAUAUCCGAGAGAGACUGGGUCAUUUCAUGAGGUAGUCGGAAUGGAAACCUCUUGUAUAAUCUUGAAACCUCUUGUAGUCCUCUUUCAUCUC